UCUUGACAUCAGUUCUCAAUCGAUUGGCGCGAUAAAGUCUUUAAUCCACCAGUCUACCUGAACUGUGGAUGGUCCGGAGAAAAUCACACCUCUCAUAAACCACUACUUGACCCCAACUCUAUAUCCCGCCACGCCGGUUCAAGCAAGAUGGCAAAAGCAAAAGCAUUGCUACUUGGGCAAAUCGAACACGCCCACGACAGCUGGAAUGCUCUGGCCGACUAUGCCGAAUUGGUGACGACCAAAGCCCGCUCACGAGAGGAAUUCAUAAAAGAAUGCAAGGAAGGCAGGCUUGACGGCGUCAUUGUCGCGUACCGCACGUUUGACAGCUUCGCUACUACUGGCCUAUUCGAUCAAGAGCUUGUAGAUGCCCUGCCGUCCAGCCUCAAAUUCAUCUGUCACAACGGCGCCGGAUACGAUCAGGUCAAAGUCGAUGCUUGCACUGCGCGAGGCAUCCGCGUGUCGAAUGUCCCAACAGCCGUAGACGACGCCACUGCAGACGUCAACAUGUUCCUGAUUCUGGGGGCUUUGCGCGGCUUCAAUGUGUCCAUGAUUGCGCUGAGAGAGGGCAAGUGGCGCGGCCAGCCACUGCCGCCUCUGGGCCACGAUCCAGAGGGCAAGACGCUUGGGAUCCUAGGCAUGGGCGGAAUCGGCAGAAACUUGAAGAGGAAGGCGGAGGCGUUUGGGAUGAAGGUCAUCUAUCACAACCGGUCCAGGCUCAGCGAGGAGCUCUCUGGCGGUGCGGAAUAUGUGAGCUUCGACGAGCUGCUCGGCACCAGCGAUGUGCUGAGUCUGAAUCUCCCGUUGAACAAAAAUACCCGUCACAUCAUCUCGACCCCUGAGUUUAAGAAGAUGAAGAAAGGCGUCGUGAUUGUCAACACUGCGCGUGGUGCUGUUAUUGACGAAGGAGCGCUUGUCGAGGCUCUAGACUCUGGACAUGUGUGGUCUUGCGGAUUGGACGUGUACGAGAACGAGCCUGAGAUCCAUCCUGGACUUGUAGCGAACCCUCACGUCAUGCUUGUGCCGCACAUGGGGACGUAUACCGUCGAGACUCAGACUGCUAUGGAGGAAUGGAACAUUGGCAACGUGCGAGCUGUGCUCGAGAAGGGCAAGCUCAACAACAUCGUGCCAGAGCAAGCAGAUAUGUAAAGAAUCGAGACGACGAAAAGUCCAUCGAGACCCUGACAUGGCAUUAUUGGGCACUUGAGACUACCGGUCACGUCUCAGGAUCGCCGACGAGUGGUCUUAUUAUCGAAUUUAGAGGAUGGGUAUGGAUCUUCAACGGCCAGCAUUCAAGUGGUCUCGAAAAUGGACAAACAGGAAAAGUUGUUGAGCGAAUUGUAGCCAAACACACAAUACCCUUUUACUUCGUGUGGAGCAUGCAAGUAGAAUUUGACGACGAUAUUACAGUCCCUGCGUGCUGAAUUCGAAAUGGAUGGCAUACGUAUUCGCGCGUCUGGCAUGCUACCCACACGGCAUCGUCCAGGAGAGUGAGUUGCAAAAGACAACCAGUAAUACUUCAUAGCACGAUCUAUAAGACACAAGGCACCAUGCUGGACAGACCUCACAGCUG